CAUUACCAUGGUUACCAAACACAGAGACCAGUGCUCCAGCCUGGACAUUCCAGAAGAGGACAGGGAGGAGCUAAGAUGGCCUUCUUCAACUUAUAUCUAUUGGGAUAUCAAAAUUCCUUUUGGAACAAGAAAAGGGACACAACUAAAGAAACAAGUGAUGUUAACUGACCUUUUGAUUAAGGUGGUGUUUGCCAGUUUUCUCCACUGUCAAGACCAGAAGGAACCAGUGCCCACUAGGCUUCCCCGUAUUAUCUCAGAAGAUGGAAAUUAUUCCGUACACCAGAAUAGCCACACAAGGUAUCAUGAAGCUAUAAAGAAGGUGUUGUUAAAGACAUUCCCCAAUCAGGUCUUCAGAGUCCCCUUGACUGAUGCUCAGAACUUCAGCUUCUGGCGGUCCCAUGAUCCAGGAGUGCGCCCAGAAGAAACCAUGCCAUGGAUCCGGAGCCCCCGCCACUGCCUCAUUAAAAGCCCAAUGACCAGGUUUAUGGAUCACUCUGUUCUGAGUGACAGAAACUUCAGUCUGUAUUGAACAGGAUAUAUUUGCACGAUGGACUGUUGAAGCAGGGCAAAGAAGGAGAAAACGGAGAAGGUGUCCUGGUUCCACUGAGGGACUAAUGGGAGGAGGGGACCUCAAGAGCAGAGUAAACAUUGGAUUAGAAGUCA